CAGAUUGGGCAUAUUCGCACGCGCGCGCGCGCACCCGGAGCUACUACGUACCAGGGUUGCGGUCGCGGCAGGAGGCAGACCACCAUCGCCGGCGCACUUCGCCAGUGAUCCUAUCGAUCUCCCUGCUGCUUUGAUCAUCAUAUUCUGGCCUGCUCCUGCUUCUUCUUCGCUCGCGUGUGACUGACUCUGGCUGGACUGAGGACAUGUCGAAGAAGAUCGUGGUGAAGCUUGAUCUGCAUGACAACAAGGACAAGCAGAAGGCCAUGAAGGUCGUCUCUGCGCUUGUCGGCAUCGACACCAUUUCGAUGGACAUGGCGUCGCGCAAGAUGACGGUGGUCGGGACGGUGGACCCGGUGGACGUGGUGAGCAAGCUGCGCAAGGCGUCGUGGGCGGCCUACAUCGAGUCCCUCGGCCCGGCGAAGGAGCCGGAGAAGAAGAAGGAGGGAGGAGAUGGCAAGAAGGACGGCGGCGAUGGCAAGAAGGAGGGAGGAGACGGCAAGAAGGAAGGCGACGGCAAGAAAGAAGGCGACGGCAAGAAGGGCGAGGAGGCUGCCGCCAAGAAAGACGACGGCGGCGGCGAGAAGAAGGCCGCGGCGGUGGCUCCGAUGCCGAUGCCGAUGCCGAUGCACCAGCUACCGCCGCCGUACAUGUUCAACGCGGGGUACAUGAACCAGUACCGGCCGCCGCCACCGCCGCCGGCGGCCUACCCGUACGUGCCGCCGCCACAGUACUACUACGUGCACAACAUGAGCAUGGAGGAGAACCCCAACUCGUGCGCCAUUUGCUGAUCAAAUCAAACGGCGACCAUUCGAUUCUUGCAUUGCAUCAUCUGUAGCAGGGAGCCGUAUGUACAUGUUCUUGAUCGAUCGUGAGAAGUGUACAGCAUAUCUGGUGUUUUGAGUUCGUUGGGGGAGAAGAAUUUGCCGGCAACUUUGAUGAUUUCUGACGAGAAUGGCAGAGCCGAGUCAAACCAUUCCAUGGAAGAAUCAUCAUUCGUAUGCCUGUUGACUGUUGCCCAUAGUAUUACGGAGAAUUAACCAUCUAGAGACAUUGAUUUCAA